AUGACGUCCAAGGAAGAGCUCGCGGCCAAAGCAACAACAGCUGCCGCCUCUGGCGACUUUGAGAAGGCAUUGGCUCAUAUGAAAACUCUGGUGGAUCUUGGUGAGGGUUUGACAAAAAGAGAAAUAAUGCUAUUGUUCAGAUGUCAUCUAGCAUACUUUCAUAUACAGCGAUCGCAAUUGGAAUCCAUACGGUCAGUUGCUCAAAAAUGUUUUAAUCACAAAUUCCGAGGUGAGUUGGCAGAUUCUUAUAAAGAGCAGAAAAUCCUGCUAAGAGAUGAAUGCUUUUGCAUGGUAAAUUUUCUUAAUAAGAAACUGUGCAAAGUCGUUGAUGACAUGGAAGUGCUAGUCACUGCCAAGGAAAUAGUGGGCAAUUGUUAUUGGUACUUACAAUCUAUAAGUGACAUGAUUGAUCGCCACUCAUAUGGCAUAUACGCAUUAGAGGCAUAUCGUGAUGGUUUCAUUUUAGCUGAGAACUUAUCACCAACUCAUGCAAUUCGUUUAUCCUUUGUUUUAAAUUAUUCGCAAUAUUUGGAAGAAAACACACAGUUUACUGAUGUCGCAGAGUCAAUAGUACGUGAUCUCUAUACAAAGGCAACCAAAAUUGCAUCUAAAAAGAAUUCUCCUCCAUUAGAAAACAAUGCACAAGCGUUUCUGCAUCGCUUGAAGAGCUCCAUCGAAAGUUUUGAUUUGAAAAAUUCGCUUACUGUAGAUGUCUUUGAUUCACUAAAAUGA